CGCAUUAUUUAAACGGAUAUGUAUUCCAUAUCAUGUACUUGUCUAAAGAAAUGACGCGUGUUUGACAAAGGGAUUCACGCCAGUUAAGAGCCUUUUUCGCACGCUUUACAGUUCAUGUAACCACAUGUGUAUUGCCCGGUUUAAUUUUAAUGGUAUCUUAUCGCCUUGAGAGCUAUGUGUUGGCUUUCUGUAGGGCUCGCCGACAGCUUGUCAAGCUAUUAUUUCGAAAGCCCCUACCGGAAGUAAGAGCAAGGUGCGUUAGUUGAUAAAUUGAGUGGCGCUCGUCGGUUUUGUUCACAAUAACACGGGAAGGAAGGCAACUUUUCCUCCAACAAAGCCGAGUAACGCUUGUAAUUGAUGCCUUUUUUUUAAGAAGCUCGCAAAAACAAACUGCAGUUAAAGCAUUGUUGUCCACGAGAAUCCCUUUAAUGCCUUUAUUUGUUUGUUGUUAGCGUCUAGAGCUGCGCGGCUGCCAACAUUUGCCUAGUGGUGGUUGGAAUAUGGCUCAGCAUGGACACCAUGUAGCCAGUUCCCAAAAAGCACUCAUGCUGGAAAUGAAAAGUCUGCAGGAUGAGCCGGUGGAAGGCUUCAAAAUAACUUUGGUCAAUGAGUCGGACAUGUACAACUGGGAAGUGGCGAUCUUCGGACCCCCCAACACGCACUACGAGGGGGGUUAUUUUAAGGCUCUUCUCAAGUUCCCAGUGGACUAUCCCUACUCCCCACCUGCUUUCCGCUUCCUCACCAAAAUGUGGCAUCCCAACAUUUAUGAGAAUGGAGAAGUGUGCAUCUCCAUCCUGCACCCUCCCGUGGACGACCCCCAGAGCGGCGAGCUGCCCUCGGAGAGGUGGAACCCCACACAGAACGUGAGGACCAUCCUGCUCAGCGUCAUCUCUCUGCUCAACGAGCCCAACACCUUUUCCCCGGCCAACGUGGACGCCUCCGUCAUGUACCGCAGGUGGAAAGAGAGCAAGGGCCGGGACCGGGAGUACAUCGACAUCAUCAGGUAUGUUGUCCUUGUGCAGGUCAUGCCAUCGACAGGCAGGCCAUUGUGGCCACGCCUCCUGCCCAAUGGCAGCUGGGAUAGGCUCCGCCCUGCCCUGCAAUCCAGAAAUAUGCUGGUGAAGAAGACCUUCUGCCAUUAAAAUUAAGACUGGAAACAUGUGGACAACCUGUGACGGGCACAGAAGCCCAGUCCCAAAGCACGGCCCGGGUUCAGGGGGGCCCUUCCUCCCAAUCACGCCUCUUCAGGUCUCACCGUCGCUGCCAACGUGAGCGUUGAAGACCCGUCCUCGCACCCGAAGGCGAAGGGAAACGACCGUUCACCGGGUUAAACUCCAACGCACGAGCUGGGGUGCAACAAGAGUGGAAUAAAGUCAGCCCCCCUGUCUGGCUGUCAGUGUAUCCAAAACAAAGAAAAUGUUUUCUAUUAUUUCUUCAUAAUGAUGAGUGAUUAUAUUUGACAAGUAAAUGAAUGAGUGAACAAUUUACCAUUUGGCUAACCACUCAAUACAACCUCCAAAAUAUUCAAAUCCGCUGUGUACUUCUCAUUCUUAGCGAUAUCAUGAAGAAACAUUGAGUUGAAUUGAUUGGAUAUGUGACAUUCAUGAUGAUAAAUAGAACUAUUUGAAAUGGAACGGAUGAAUGAUUGCACAUUUCAAUUCAUCAGUGGAUCUUUUGAAGCACGAGAAGUACCGAAUGUUAUCUUCUCAUUCUUGGAUGAACCAUAUUCGAUGUCUUUACACUGCCAUCUCCAAGCACAAUGAUACAUAAACGUAUGAAAAUGUUAUCUUCAUCUUGGAAGACAGCCCGAGUGUACCUAAUGCGAUGUCCAUUGGCUCUUCAGAUCACUCCAGUAUCUUUGUGUCCUUCAAAGGUGUUUCAUGAUCUUUUUUCUUUUGCUCAGCGCUCACAUUGCUUGCUUUGCUUUUGGUGGACUUAACGGGAAACGUGCUUCAAAGAGGAGACGCACCACUCGGCAUAACCUCAAUUCAUCCAUUCAUCCAUCUGUCCAAUGACUGAAGUCUGGUGGAAGCUGUGGAUAGUAAGAGCAAAGUGCCGGGUCAUGUGGGUCAGAAAGGAAGAGCUAGGAGAGCAAGUUGGUGUCAGGAAUGGACACGUCUCCAAGGCAACAGGAGUUGGAACGUCGGGCUGCUUGCUUGGUGUGGAAAAAAACGAGAGUGCGGACAAUACCGGGAAGUCAGGCUAAAAAUGGAUGCUCUGACGUGUUGGACUUUUUUUUUUUUUUUUUUUUUAAAUCUGACGUGUCAGUCAUCCAAUGAGCAAGCGCAUAGGACCUCCUGUGAUUACACGCGUCCUUUCUUGGCACCGGUGCAGUCUUUCAGUUCUUGUGUUGUAAAGUGUGCUUAUUUGUGCCUACGUUGCUGACUGUACUCUCCCAUAGGAGCUUAGUUUGAAGUUGUUUUUUUCUCCUCCCCUCUCCUCUUGUUCUCCCCUUUUCUCUCCCUCUUUUAUUGCCCUGUCAUGCUGUGCUAUCGUAGUGCUAUCAUAUGUCAUGUACAGUAGCGAUCCAUGUGACUUGCUGAUCCAUUCCAAAACCGUUCUAUGCUGCACAAGUCCCAAGUGCGUUGAGCCUUUUAGCUGCAGAUGAUGUACUUUGCCAUGCGUUGUCAUUGCAAGACAUCUCCACGGUAACCCAACCCAAAAACAAUCACUGCCGAUGGCCAAUUAAACUGGAGGGGGGAGUCAACAGUAGGCAGAUGUCAUUUGUCUUGUUAUGCUUCUAAACCCAUGCAAACGAUGCAGUCACAUCAAUGCCGCAAGUUCGACUUCACAACAAAAUGGAAGUUAGCAAGGCUGCCAGGGGCGCCAGAUCUCUAAAAAUGUCCGCGUACGCCCACAAGAAAGUUGUUGGAAUGAAAAGGUACAUUUUUAUUGACAUUGGCAUACUGGCAUUACAAAAGAUUUAUGGUUGCACUAGAAUACUAUAAAAAGCAGACUUUAGAGACACUUCCAUGCAGUGGUGCAUGGUCGGGGCCAGCAAAGCCUUCUCUGCAGGCCUAACCACGACCAGAAGCACUGACCUACAUUGAAAACUGCAAUUGUAGUAUUUCUUCAUUUCUUCCAUCAACUCUUGUUCAACAAGUCUAUUAACUCUUUCAACACCAAGGACAUAUUUAUACAUUUUUAUAAUAACCAACACCCGAUCCCAACAACGUAUUUAUAAGUCUUUUUUGUGUGUGAGAGGCACAAAGAGGUGAUGAUGCAACUCUACACGAACACACUAAAUUAGAACACACUAAAUUAGCAUUUUAGAGCAAUUUUAAGCCUUAAAAAUGUACACAUUGUGUCAGAAGAGCAUUCGAUAAGAGCUCGGCAGGGAUCAUGUGGAUGGAAAAAUCCCACAUGACAGGAAGGAGGAAGUGAGAGAGCGUGGAGGAGUGCAGCAUGCAGAAGGUCACGCAUUGUAGGGAAUGCGUUGUCUUUUGAAAAAUGGCUGGGAUUGAAUGAGUUCAUAAUCUUCCUUAAGUAGUGUAUGUUAGCUUGUUUUGUCCAAUCAGAUUUUAGCUUCUAUGUGUUGCCAUGUGAAUGUGAUCUUCCCAGGCCUUCACAAUCAGGAAUGCUUGCCCACGUCAAAUCCACACUAUCAGCAAUGGGGCACGUUUAUUUAUUUAUUUUUUUAGCCAAUCAGACACCAGAUUCACCUCUCAGGGCCAGCUAGCCGGCCCACAGUGACAUCAGCAUUGCCCACAAUGCCUGACCAAGGGUGAGGAUGAAUUGCCAUCUGUGGUGAGUAGAUGUAUUUUACUUGAAAGCUUUUAUUUGCCUCGUGAGUUUAGCGCUGUGUAUUUAACUGCUGUUUGCAUUCCACCAC